GAGCACUUGGCCACACUGACCUGCCCAGUUGUUUUUUUCACGCCAACAUUUACGCUCUUUGGCAAAAGAAAACCUUUUUCGCGAAUUCAAGCACACCCCGACCAAACACACCUGCCCCAGGAUGUUGGCCCUCAUCAACAGGAUCCUCGAGUGGUUCAAGAGCAUCUUCUGGAAAGAGGAGAUGGAACUGACGCUGGUGGGGCUGCAGUUCUCCGGGAAGACGACGUUCGUCAAUGUUAUUGCAUCCGGCCAAUUCGCCGAGGACAUGAUACCCACAGUUGGCUUCAACAUGCGCAAGAUCACCCGGGGCAAUGUGACUAUCAAGGUGUGGGACAUCGGAGGCCAGCCCCGAUUCCGAUCCAUGUGGGAGCGCUACUGCCGCGGCGUUAAUGCGAUUGUCUAUAUGGUGGAUGCGGCCGAUCUGGACAAAUUGGAGGCCUCGAGGAACGAGCUGCACUCGCUGUUGGACAAGCCGCAACUCGCAGGCAUUCCCGUGCUCGUGUUGGGCAACAAACGUGAUCUUCCAGGGGCCCUCGAUGAAACCGGGCUCAUCGAACGCAUGAAUCUUUCGAGCAUACAGGACCGCGAAAUCUGCUGUUAUAGUAUUUCCUGCAAGGAGAAGGACAACAUUGACAUAACGCUGCAGUGGUUAAUUCAGCAUUCGAAAAGCCAAAGUCGUUAGAUGACGAACACACAACUCCCUACCCUCUACACUCACACAACUAGGCACUAUAUCUCACACAGAACAACUAUAUAUAAAUAUAUACACUAAUAAUAAUUUGCAGAGUGAUGAACACUGAGCAAAGCCAGCAGUAAGCCAACUAACUGGGGUACAAGAUUGAAAUAACUUUGAAAACUAAGCCACAGCGAGUAAUAUCUAUGCCUUGAAAGAUCUGUUUGUACUGUUUGUAUGGUAAUGUCUGCAUGUGUGUGUUGUAUGUGAUUUCGCAGUGCAGGGUUCGGGUGCUCGACUGUCUCGAAUUUGUAGACUCACAAAGGGAAGAUGCUUAAAUGAAUUCUGUGUACGUUGUACGUUGUAAGUUUUGUUAGAUAAUCUAUGCCUACACACCACACACCACCCACAAGAACAGGAAACACACAACCGACACGACACGCUCGUGUGUAUUUAGUAUUUCAUUCUGGCUUGAUCGACCAAUUGUCCCCUAAAUAUGUAUAUGUAUGUCGCCUCUACAAGUUUCGUUGGCCGCAACUCCACGACUAGUUAGUCUUAUGUUUAGUGUUUAUUGGUGUGAUUAUAUAAAUAUUAUUUUUAUAAUUUUUGUAUACAAUAUAUAAUUUACGUUUCGCUCAUA